GUAACUUAGUAUUAGCUAACAAACUGACACUAUAAAAGAAAUGCGGUUCACUGUAGAAAUAACAGCCUGAAUUUCUGAUAAGAGCUGAAGACAAGUGCACUACAAGAUCCAAGAAAGAUGAAGACUGCGACCCUUCUGUGCCUCUGUUUCUUAACUUUCAGUUACAGUUUGGCAGCCAGCUCUGAGGAGGGUGUGUACGAAUAUCUGUGGGAGAACAAUAAAGACAUCGCCAAUAUGACACUCAAGACUGACUUCUUGAUACAAAUGCAGAGCGGCAGCCUGCAGGCGGAGCGGUACGUCAACUUCACCAUCCAGGACAUCAACUAUCUACUGCAAGUGACCAAGAUGUUGAAGAAAAUGAGUGUAAAAGUAACUAAGCCCAGUGACCUCAGGGACUUCAUGAAAGGCAGAUACUUAAGCUACAAAAACUUUGCAGACUUGUUGCUCAAGCAAUAUUUUUUCAAGGGUGAGCCUCUCAUCGAGCAAACUCCAGCUAUGAGUAAGUAUCUGUCUUUCUACAGAAGACUGGAAAGAGAAGAUCCUCUGUACUUUGCUGUGGGUCUCCUGCCCUGCUCUAGACUCUGGGUGUGGCUGGCUAAUAAUCUCAGCACACCUCCAACCAAUGCCUACUACACCUGGAAGAAGGACAAUAUGGACAGCCAUCCUGAGAAACACUACAAAGCUCUGCUGAACAAGUAUCUGAACACACAAAAAAAAGUAGCCAAGGCUAAUUUUAUAUUCCGUACACAGAUGCAGAAUGAGCAUGAUUUCUUCUCCACAUCUUGAGUGGUUGAUGACUGGUUGUUAGAAAAUAAAUACUGAUUGGAUAUUUUUUUUGCCUUUUAAGAUCAUGUAAUAAAAUGUAUUUAAUUAUUUAAAAAUAAUGAUUAUAUAUUUUAAGCAAGUCUAAUGUAAGCAUGGAAAUCUGCAUGUUCACAACCAAUUUAAACAAAAAUGUAAACUAUUGUGUCUGAAUGUUUAGUAUCACCCAACAACAAUAAAAAAUAUCUUCUAA